UACGAACUUCUGGAACUUUCUAAGAAUUCUCUGGAAUUCCAGAAAGUUUCCAAAUUAUUCCACAAAACCAUGCUGAGGCCGAGGGCUGCUAUUAAAAGGAUCAUGCUACUUUUGAAUCCAGUUCUCUGGAGUUACUAUCUGAUGAAAAAACUUCAAAAAGAGCGCGAGUACAAAUCAGAGGUGCAGUUGAACCUGGAAAAAAUGCUCUUCCAUGGAAUCAAGAGAAAAUUACUGGACGUCAUAUGUAUGGAGAACGUUGAUUGGAGAAAAUGCGGGGUCUCACAUGGCAUUAUGUUCGGUCAAGGGACGUAUUUUGCCAGAGAUGCCUCUUACGCUCACCAGUUCACCGACAAACCAACCAGACAAACAUUUGACGACGAACAUGAUAAUGAUAACCAACCAGAACACAUCCACACCAUGUUGGUGGUUAGGGUACUCGUCGGAAAGUACACAAGGGGUAAAACUAAUUACCGGAAACCGCCCCCCGUCGACCCGAAAAACCCUUUUGGCCCCAGCUACGAUUGCUGCGUUAAUUAUGUGGAGAGCCCUACCCUGUAUGUCAUUUCAGAUUCGAACCAAUACUACCCCGAGUAUGUCAUUGAGUAUACGAAUAUGAAAGCUGAAAAGGAGAAGAGAGCGGACGAUCGGGAUACAUUUUGGCGGGAUUUUUUCUAA